GACCAUCAAGAUAGCCGCCACCGAGCGAUCUUCUUCGAAGGUACAGAAGCCUCCGUUUUAUUUAUAAUUUUUGCCUUCUUCGUUCAUUCGACCAAGACUCAGCUUAAAUAGAGCUGCCACUGUACGUUCGUGUGACAGCAAAGUAGCAGGGCGUGCGCACGAAGGACGAAAGAGAACCAGGUACAUGCCACAGGUCAGCUAGAAAUGGCCAUGGCCAUGGAUCACCUCGCUGCUGUGCUUGUGGCUUUAGCGCUAGCAACCUUGCUGCUCCGCUUGGUCUUGGGAUGGAGGAGGGGCGGCGGGGCGUGCGAGCCAAGGCUGCCGCCGGGAUCGAGGGGCCUGCCGCUCGUCGGGGAGACGCUCGAGUUCUUCACGGCGUCCCCGACCCUGGAGCUGCUGCCCUUCUUCAAGCGACGGUUGGAGAGGUACGGGCCCAUCUUCCGGACGAGCCUCGUCGGCGACGACCUGGUCGUGUCCCUGGACCCGGAGUUCAGCGCGCGCGUGCUGCAGCAGGAGGAGCGCGCCUUCCAGAUCUGGUACCCGUCCUCCUUCAUGCGCGUCUUCGGCGCCGACAACGUCAUCACCGCGCUGGGCCCGCUCCACCGCCACAUCCGGGCCCUCAUGCUCCGCCUCUUCGGCCCCGAGAGCCUCCGCCUGGCCCUGCUCCGCGACGUGCAGCGGCGCGCGCGCGCCGAGCUGCGCUCCUGGCUCGCCCAGCCGGACGUCGAGGUCAGGACGGCCACCUCCAUGAUGAUAUUUGGCGUCACGGCGAAGAAGCUGAUCAGCCACGACGACGCGGCGUCGCAGGGAAGCCUGUGGAAGUGCUUCGACGCGUGCACCAGGGGCCUCCUGUCCUUCCCGCUCUGCGUUCCCGGCACAGCCUUCUACCAGUGCAUGCAGGGACGCAAGAAGGUUAUGAAGAUGCUGAAGCAGCAGCUCGGUGAGCGCAGGAACGCGGCAGAGCGCGAGGCGGUGGACUUCUUCGACGUUGUGAUCGACGAGAUGGACAGGCCGGGCUCUGAAAUGAGCGAGAGCAUCGCGCUGGAUCUGCUCUUCUUGAUGCUCUUCGCUAGCCACGAGACCACAUCGAUUGGGCUGACCGCCAUCCUCAAGUUUCUCACGGACAACCCCAAAGCCCUGCAGGAACUAGCAGAGGAGCACGAAAGCAUCCAGAGAAGAAGGGCGGAUCCGGAUUCUGAAGUCACCUGGGAGGAGUACAAGUCCAUGGAAUUCACAUCUCAUGUCAUACAUGAAGCUCUUAGGCUGGCAAAUAUCGCUCCGGUAGUGUUCCGAAAAGCAAAACAGGAUGUGCAGAUAAAUGGUUACACUAUACCACAAGGAUCAAAGAUCAUGAUCUGUCCAUCUGCAGCUCACAUGAAUCCCAAGGUUUACGAGGAUCCUUCAGUAUUCAAUCCGUGGAGAUGGAAGGGUACUCCUGAGCCUGUUGGAGGCUCCAAGGAUUUCAUGGCCUUUGGAGGCUGUGUGCGGCUAUGUGUGGGUGCAGACUUUGCCAAGCUGCAAAUGUCUAUCUUCCUCCACUGCUUACUCACCAAGUACAGAUGGAAAGUCAUCAGUGGAGGUACCAUGGUGUUCUACCCAGGGCUGCGAUUUCCAGACGGCUUUCACAUCCAUCUUCUUCCAAAAGAUUGAAAUGUUUUCUUUUUGGAAAAAGAAUUAUUGUUGGCAGAACUUAAAGCAUGAUUAUGCUUUGCUAGUAGUAGUGCCCGAUAUAUCCUCAUCCACAAGUUUUCGCCACACAACUGAACAAAGUUGGCCUUCGUCGCAUUUUU